AUGUCUAUGAACACCGAGCCGGUUAGGCUCAGCUACCUCUGUGCAAUGGAUUCGGAGAUCAUUUUCGGCCUCAGUCCUUCAAAACUGUCUGCGUAUGCGUGGACAAAUCUGCUCUGCACGAAAUGGAUGGCGGACACAAGUUGGUACUGGCGGUCCGAACAUAUCCUUCUCCGUGGGCACUCCCCGAGAUCUGACUUAGAUUACUGGGAAGAGGCGUUGGCGGGAAGAGGACGACCAGAAAGAAGCUGGUUUCCACGACGGCUGUAUGAACUUUCGGAGAUAAUUCAACCCACUCAUCUUGCAUUAUUUAACCCGAAAUGCCAUUCUCUCCCUCCUUUGCUUCGCCCUACCUUCAACAACCUGUAUCCUAAAAAAAAUGAACAGGGGAAUCAAGUGUGCGACUCAGACUUGAAGAAGCUUUUGCGUUACGCUGGUAAAUUUGCCGUGGAGCAUUCUCAUCAUGACCGGACGAAUCGGCUGCUGCUUGGAAUGAUUCCGGACAGCGGGUACUAG